AUGCUUAGCCGCAUUGCGCAGGAUGAGAUUGUGUUUGCCGGAUCCACUUCCAAGAUUGGCCGUGCUCUUUGCAUUCUGUUGGCACGACGGGGUCACACCGUAAGGAUGAUCACGGGCUGUGAGGAGCGAUUUCAAAAAAUCAAGAGUGAGGCUGGAGAUGGAGGAAAGAAUCUUGUAAGGGUGCAGACCUACGAAGAAGGUGUGGGCUGCAGAGUGUGGAUCUUGGGGAAAGUGAUGGAGCCAAAGAAAAUCCAGGCACUGAUCCCUCCUGAAUCCUUGAUCAUCGACUUUGCGGUGCCUCAUGUCAGCGAGGAGAUCGCCAAAGACUACCGCUAUGUCAACGGUGCAGCUCUGAGCUACAGCCGAAGCCUGAGAGGAAGUAGCACUGGCCUAGCUGCCUGUCAUAGCCAGAAGGACACAGAUUUGACCUUCUGCCAUGAUGUGCCGAAGACAGUUCCAGCUUGCUUGGCGGUGUGGGCCUGA